AGGCUUACUGUAACUUCUUUGCAUCAGGGCAGGCUGAAGUGUUCACAAGGAAAGUGUGCUUGGAUACAGAUUAAAGCUGUGUCAGCAUUUGGGAGACUCUAGUGAUGAAGGAUCUUCUGACCAUACUCUUUCUCGCAGAAUGUUUGUGGGUUCCCUGUGUGGUGGCAAAGACUCAGGAGCUCUUUGUUGCUGCUCUGGAGAUGAACUGGGACUACCUGCACACAGACCUCACUGAUCCAGCCGCUAAUCAGAGGAGAUUUGCGUCUGGUGUCCAGAGGUACACGAAGGCAGUGUACGUGGAAUUCAUAGACUCCACUUUUCGUGUUCAGAAAACGAAACCCCCAUGGGCUGGAAUUCAGGGCCCUACACUCAGGGCAGAGGUCAAUGACAGAUUGGUGGUCCACUUCAAGAACUUUGCCUCGCAACCUUUCAGUAUCUCCCCAAUCGGUGUCCCCUACUGGAAACAAUCUGAAGGUGCUGGAUAUGAGGACUCCACUUCAGUCCAGGAGAGGGCAGAUGAUGCGGUGCCCCCUGGUGGCUACUAUAAGUACGUCUGGGACAUUCCUCCCAGCAGUGGGCCAACCACAGCAGACCCAGACUGUCUCACCUACUCGUACUCCUCACAGGUGGAUAUUGUGCGAGACUUCAACUCUGGACUCAUCGGCGCUUUCCUGAUCUGCAAACCAGGUGCUCUAACAGAGCAAGCAGAGCGGAAGGUUCCAGAGUUUGUGUUGUUGUUUGCUGUGUUCGAUGAGAGCAAGAGUUGGUACAGAGUGGAAAACAGAUCAGACAAACCCAGGAAAUCAUCCAGUAGGUCUCAGUUCCAUACGAUCAACGGAUACGUCAACUCCACUCUACCAGGUCUGAAGAUAUGUCAGAAAAGCCCUGAAGUGUCCUGGCACUUGAUUGGCCAGGGCUCCACUCCAGACAUACACACCAUUCAGUUCCAGGACCACACCCUAAAGGUCAUGAACCACAGGCGGGUAACCUUGGAUAUAACUCCCAUGACCUUCACCACAGCGACGAUGAAGCCAUAUGCUGUGGGAAAGUUUCUAAUCUCCUGCAGGAUCCAUUCACAUCAGCAAGCUGGUAUGAGUGCUGUCUUCACCGUGGACAACUGCCCCGAACCUGCGCAACUGCCCGACAAGCGACAUGUAAAAUGGGCCGAGGAGGAAGAUGAAGGCAGAGAAACAAAUGAAGAUUACCAAAUGGAUGGACUUUUUUCUACCAUUGUACUCCGGCCCGGUGGGCCAGCGUCGGUUUUGAGGUCCAGCGGGAGGGGACGACCCAAAGUGUGGGUCCAUUACAUCAGUGCAGAGGAGAUCUCCUGGGACUACAACCCUGGGAGCAAUGGGCCCCUGGGGUCAGGUAAUUUGGGGAAGCAUUUGAGGAAGGUGUAUAAGAAAGUAGCAUAUGUGGAAUACACGGAUAAGACCUUCACUGUGCGCAAAAGCAAGAACAGCAUGCUGAUUGGUCCAGAGAUCAGGGGAGAGGUAGAGGACCAGAUCCAGAUAGUAUUCAAAAACAUGGCCAGUCAACCAUUCAACAUUUAUCCAAAUGGACUCACAAGUGUCCAGCCAGUGAAGAAGAGAAAUAAAGAGAAGCAGGUGGAUCUGCGGUCUCUGGCUGUGCCUCCAGGUGAGAUCAUGAUGUACCUGUGGAAACUGACUGCGGAGGACGCCCCGACCGAAGCCGACCCACGCUGUCUGACCCGCCUGUACCACAGCACAGUGGAUCCGGAGCGGGACAUGGCAUCUGGGCUGGUGGGACCCCUGAUCAUCUGCAAAUCUCAGAGUUUAGACCUGCGAGGGAAAGUGGUAACUUCAGAUAGAGAAAGACACCUCAUAUUCUCAGUGUUUGAUGAAAACAAAAGCUGGUACAGUGAAGAGAAUGUCCAGAAGCACAGUGAAAAUUACAAUGAUCUCACUUAUUACAACUCGAAUGUCAUGUACAGUGUGAAUGGUUUCAUGCACAACAGUCUGCAGUUUAAAAUAUGUCUUGGUGAUGUCACACUCUGGCACGUGGCCAGUGCUGGCAUGCAGAACGACUUUCUGUCAGUGUACUUCAAGGGCAACCUGUUCGAGAGGGACAGAGCCUAUGACACUGUUCUCACUCUCUUCCCAAUGACUGGAGACACUGUUACCAUUGAGAUGGAGACUGAGGGUGAAUGGGAGAUUAGCGCAUUUGACCCAGCCAUGAAAAAGCAAGGUAUGAGUGCACGUUACUCCGUGUUUAAUUGCGAGAGAGUGCUCCCCUUGGUGGACAGUGAAGAAUAUGAAGAUGAUUUUGAGGACUACAUUGAACAGAACUUCCCUGUCCCAAGGGGUGUCAGACAAAGGAAUCGAACCAUGGCCAUUCGGGUGUGUAAGAAACCAGCAAGAAACAGAACCCAAACAGACCUGCUGAGUGGCCAUAGGAACAUGACCCAGAACUCACUGGAGAAUGAGAGGAGAAAGAGCACACUUGUGUGUGAGAUAAAAUAUGUUCCAGUAGAGGAAGCAGAGUAUCUUGAUGUUCUCUCACAGGGCGGAAUUCCGCAGGAUAUUCUGGAUCAACUGGACAAGGAGAAAAGCAAAAGCUCCUCUGAACGGCAGAAGAGAUUCUCAUCUAUAGAGAAUAUUCCAGAAACACAGACUGGUCAACCUCUCCCUAUUUCCCAUAGGUCAGACAUUGAAUGGUCAAACAAGACUGAAACAACUGCUGCAGUCAUGGUGGAGGAAGACCAAAAUCUCAUAGCGAUAAUGACCCAAACUGAAGAAACAGCAAGAUACCCAGAUGAAGAAGAAACUGAAGGCUCAAGUCUAGGGAGUAAUUUAUCUACUGACCUGUUCAAGAAAUACAUUCAGAGUUCAGGGUGGAAUAUGACCUCUGACAUCAGUAAACAUCCGCAUGACAGUAAUGACUCUAAGGCUGCACCGAAAUCCAAACCUAAUUUGACUGAGAGGAGUCGGAGAGAGACAUGGAGUGUCAGAAAAGAUGUAGCUGAACUUGUAGAUUCAAAUGAUGUUCUGAAGCACAAUGAUGAUCUAAAAGACUCAGCUAAGAUGGACAACCUGGUGGAAGGCCUGUAUCCUCGCAAAUAUGCAAAGAAAGACCCACAAUGGCAGGAGCCCCCUGUGGAAUCUCAUCAUUUGCUAACCAAUUCUUCAGAUAACCAGACAUACCCCGAGAAGUCUUGGUCCAUGGAAUACGAUGAUUAUGAAAAUGAAGGGAACAAAUCCACACCAAGUUUCAAUUUUGGAAGCAAUGGUAUCAGUAUCCGGUCUACUGAAUCUAAAUUCCGUAGUUAUUACAUCGCAGCAGAGGAAAUCAUGUGGGAUUAUGGGAUAAAAAAAUCACAGCAACUCAUAAGUCUGAGGGAGAUGAGGAGAGGAAUGCGGAAAUACUUCCAAUCCUACAGGAAAGUAGUGUUCCGGGCAUACCAUGACAAAGAAUUCCAGAAUCCAGUGAAACGUGGUGAACUGGAUGAGCACCUCGGAAUCAUGGGCCCUGUGCUGAAGGCUGAGGUUAAUGAUGUUCUUACUGUGGUUUUUAGGAAUCUUGCCUCCCGGCCAUAUUCACUGCACUUGCAUGGAGUAUAUGAUAAGACAAUGGGGAGCCCUGGCCAAGGGGUGGGCCUGGGGGAGGAGCUACAACAUGGGGCGGUCUCUGGGGACCCAGUCCCUCCUGGACAGGAGAGAGUGUACAACUGGAGAAUCAGUAAACGACAAGGACCAUCAUCCAAAGACUUUGACUGCAAAGCUGGGGCUUACUACUCAACUGUAAACAUGGAGAAGGACAUAAACUCUGGUCUGAUUGGACCUUUGCUGAUCUGUCGCCCUGGGACACUGGUGCCCCGCUUGCUGCUGCAGCCUGGAGUGCAGGACGUCUUCCUCCUCUUCACAAUCUUUGAUGAGCAGAAGAGCUGGUACCUCGAUUAUAACAUCAGGAAGUUCUGUACCCCACCUUGCCAGGCCAACACAGACGAUCCCUGGUUCGACAACAGCAAUAGAUUUGCUGCAAUAAACGGGUAUGUUGCGGAGACAUUGCCUGGCCUGGUGGUGGCACAGCACCGCACCUCUAGAUGGCAUCUGCUGAACGUGGGGGGCAGAGGAGAAUUUCAUGCUGUGCACUUCCACGGAAUACCAUUCAGUGUUGGGAAACACCAGGACCACCGAAUGGGGAUUUUCAACCUUUAUCCAGGUGUGUUUGGGACUGUGGAGAUGAGGCCUGCUACAGUUGGCACCUGGCUGGUGGAAUGCACUGUUGGAGAGCACCAGCUGUCUGGAAUGAGGGCCAAACUGCUUGUUUACAACCCACGAUGUGUCCAGCCAUUGGGAAUGCAGUCAGGGUGGAUAACUGAUGACCAGAUCACUGAAUCAGAUCAUUAUGGUAACUGGGAGGCAAGGUUAGCCAGACUUCACUUAUCCGGAUCUAUAAAUGCUUGGAUUGGCAAUGGACAGAGCUCCUGGAUCCAGGUGGAUUUGCUGCAGCCCAUGUUGGUGCAUGGGAUUCACACUCAGGGAGCCAAGACCUGGGGUCUGAAUGAAGCAUUCACAGUGAUCUUCACAAUCAGCUACAGCCUGGACCAGGAAACCUGGAGGACCUAUAGAGGGAACAGCAGCGGGUCUGCUUAUAAAUUUAAUGGAAACAUGGACGGGUACAGGAUAAAGGAGAACUUAUUCUCUCCUCCAAUCAUCGGCCGGUACAUCCGCAUUUACCCGUUAACCUAUGGGGGUCGACCCACCCUGAGGUUUGAACUCCUGGGCUGUGAUCUCAACAGCUGCUUCCUGCCACUAGGCAUGCAACGGCAGCUGAUUCCAAACAGUCGGAUCAGCGCCUCCUCCUUCCUCCAGAAAUGGUUCCUUUCUUGGAGCCCUGGUCUCUCCAGACUCAACCAGGAGGGUCGUGCCAAUGCCUGGAGACCUAAGAGUAAUAACCCACACGAAUGGCUGCAGGUGGACUUUGAGGUAGUGAAGAGAAUCACUGGUAUUUUGAUGCAGGGAGCUCGAUCUGUCCUCACACACAUGAUGGUCACUGAGUUUACCAUCUCCAUUAGUCAUGAUGGAAACAUCUGGUCUGCUGUCACUGAGCAAGGAACACAGCUAGAGAAGGUAUUUGAAGGUAACAGCGAUUACAACGAGGAGAAACUGAAUUUGUUCGAGCCACCACUGUUCACCCGAUUCAUUCGAAUCCACCCUAAAGGCUGGGUUAACGACAUCGCCCUGCGGGUGGAGUUCCUGGGUUGCGAUACACAACAGAGACUGUGAGAGAGAGAGAGAGAGUAAGAAAGAAAAUGUGAGAACGAGAGUGAGCAAGAGACACUAGUCACUGACACUGAAUGUAAACUAGUCAUUUUCCACUGAUGCACUUGGCAGCGUUACAAAGCUGCUGAUGUCACUCAGUGUUCUGGCACCAUACACUGAUUUGGGUUUGCUAACUGGGUAUCUGCAGAAGUAACACAGAGCUGGAAUUUAUGCUGCCGGUAUGAUACAACUAAAACAAAACCAUCACUUAUAACGAUGUGCUUAAAAGGAAGUAUCCUGUGUGAACAAGCUGCUUAUUUAAAGACUUAACAUCUUCAUCUGCUUGUGUGACCACACCGGGCGAAACUCUCAGCUUAGAAUUACCGUCACUAUUCAUAACCCUGUAUCCCAGGCUAUUACAAGAUGUAGGAAACUCAUCGUAGCUAUGGCAACCAUAUGUACAUAAUAAAGAAACUACUGAGUAUGUGUUCUGUUGUAGUUUUGAGCAUUUGCACUGUCAAAAGAAAACUACUAUUCUAUGAUUUAUUUUAAAUAAAGUAUUUAAUAUGAAACUAAA